AUGUAUCUAUCAGUAGCGACGAGGCCAGACAUUGCGCACAGUGCAAGCGUGCUGAGCCAGUUCAAUGAGCAUCCGAAUGAAGAGCAUUGGGGAGCUGCGAAGAGGGUACUAAGAUACCUGAAAGGAACGUCAAAAUUGGGACUUGUAUAUCAACAACCGAUUGGGAAAAUCGUAGGAUAUACCGACGCCGACUGGGGAAAUGACCUCACAAAUUCAAAGUCGUACACAGGGUAUGUAUUCAUCCUAGAAGGAGCUGCAAUUAGCUGGAAAUCCAGGAAACAAAGGACAGUGGCAUUGUUGACGACGGAGGGUGAGUAUCAGGCCCUUACAGAAUCCACUAAAGAGUCAAUGUAUCUGAGAGGGCUCAUCUACGAGUUGGGGUCCCACAAUUCUCAGAUGAAGAAAUUUUUUGCGAUAAUCAGGGUGCAAUUAAAUUGA